AUGGUGGAUAACUCUGGAGGUCCUGGAGGAUCUAACUACCACAGGGUGGAUAACUCUAGAGAUCCAGGAGGAUCUAACUACCACAGGGUGGAUAACUCUGGAGGUCCUGGAGGAUCUAACUACCACAGGGUUAAUAACUCUGGAGGAUCUAACUACAACAGGGUGGAUAACUCUGGAGGAUCUAACUACCACAGGGUGGAUAACUCUGGAGGUCCUGGAGGAUCUAACUACCACAGGGUGGAUAACUCUGGAGGUCCAGGAGGAUCUAACUACCACAGGGUGGAUAACUCUGGAAGUCCUGGAGGAUCUAACUACCACAGGGUGGAUAACUCUGGAGGUCCUGGAGGAUAUAACUACCACAGGGUGGAUAACUCUGGAAGUCCUGGAGGAUCUAACUACCACAGGGUGGAUAACUCUGGAGGUCCUGGAGGAUCUAACUACCACAGGGUGGAUAACUCUAGAGAUCCUGGAGGAUCUAACUACCACAGGGUGGAUAACUCAGAGGUUCUAACUACCACAGGGUGGAUAACUCUGGAGGUCCUGGAGGAUCUAACUACCACAGGGGUGGAUAACUCUGGAGGUCCUGGAGGAUCUAACUACCACAGGGUGGAUAACUCUGGAGGUCCUGGGGGAUCUAACUACCACAGGGUGGAUAACUCUGGAAGUCCUGGAGGAUCUAACUACAACAGGGUGGAUAACUCUGGAGGUCCUGGAGGAUCUAACUACCACAGGGUGGAUAACUCUGGAAGUCCUGGAGGAUCUAACUACCACAGGGUGGAUAACUCUGGAGGUCCUGGAGGAUCUAACUACCACAGGGUGGAUAACUCUGGAGGUCCUGGGGGAUCUAACUACCACAGGGUGGAUAACUCUGGAAGUCCUGGAGGAUCUAACUACAACAGGGUGGAUAACUAUGGAGGUCCUGGAGGAUCUAACUACCACAGGGUGGAUAACUCUGGAAGUCCUGGAGGAUCUAACUACAACAGGGUGGAUAACUCUGGAGGUCCUGGGGGAUCUAACUACCACAUGGUGGAUAACUCUGGAGGUCCUGGAGGAUCUAACUACCACAUGGUGGAUAACUCUGGAGGUCCUGGAGCAUCUAACUACCACAUGGUGGAUAACUCUGGAGGUCCUGGAGGAUCUAACUACCACAUGGUGGAUAACUCUGGAGGUCCUGGAGGAUCUAACUACCACAUGGUGGAUAACUCUAGAGAUCCUGGAGCAUCUAACUACCACAUGGUGGAUAACUCUGGAGGUCCUGGAGGAUCUAACUACCCCAGGGUUAAUAACUCUGGAGGAUCUAACUACCACAGGGUUAAUAACUCUGGAGGAUCUAACUACCACAGGGUGGAUAACUCUGGAGGAUCUAACUACCACAGGGUUAAUAACUCUGGAGGAUCUAACUACCACAGGGUUAAUAACUCUGGAGGAUCUAACUACCACAGGGUGGAUAACUCUGGAGGAUCUAACUACCACAGGGUUAAUAACUCUGGAGGAUCUAACUACAACAGGGUUAAUAACUCUGGAGGAUCUAACUACCACAGGGUGGAUAACUCUGGAGGAUCUAACUACCACAGGGUGGAUAACUCUGGAGGAUCUAACUACCACAGGGCGGGUAACUCUGGAGGAUCUAACUACCACAGGGUGGAUAACUCUGGAGGAUCUAACUACCACAGGGUGGAUAACUCUGUGAAGGUCCUGGAGGAUCUAAAUUCAUCUUGGGUCUUCAAUCUAGAGCUGUGUUGGAACAAAAUGCCUGCACAUACUGCGGCACUCCAGGACCUGGGUUACAUAACUACAUGCUAA